AAAAGAUCAAUCACUUUAUUAUGAACCACGAGCCUCAGCUCCGUCUCUCAAGACAAGGCUCGGACUCACGUUCGGAUCUCACAAAGCCCUCCCCCCUCACUCGAAAAAGCCAAGCCAGACGCAAGGCCGAAAAGAGAGAGAGAGAGAGACUGAGGGUUGUAGAGAGAGAGAAAGAGUGGAGUGUGUUUUUCUUAGAGAGAGAGAGAAAGAGUGGAGUGUGUUUUUCUUAGAGAGAGAAAAAUGGGCCAGAUCGUGAAGAGGAAGAAGAAAGGGAGGCCAUCGAAGGCAGAUCUGGCGCGGCGACAGCUUUCUCCGUCUCCGGCGCCGGAAUCGGAGGUGCGCCGGAGCGUAAGGCGGAGAAAUGUGCGGUACGACAUAGACUACUACGAGGAUUACUUCUACGAGGAGGAUGAUGACGAGGAAGAAGAAAGGAGGAGAGAGAAGAAGCUUAAGCUCGUCGUGAAACUGAAUCAGGGGAGCGAGUCAGCUGAGCCGGCUCGGAGCCGGUCGCGCUCGGAGGCUCGUGGUGGACACGGUUCAGACGAGGAGGAAGAAGAAGAUGAAGAGGAUAAGCCGAUGAAGAAGAGGAAAAUCAACGGUGGUGAUGUGAGUGAAAGUGAUGAAGACGAUAAUAAUAAUUUUGAUGAAGAGGCAAGGGGGAGAAAACUGCGGGCAAGAGGGCAGGACUCGGCUCCAGGGACCCCGGCAAAUCAAUCAGCCGAGAUUCCUAUGCCCGAUAAGAAGUCGCUGGAGUUGAUUCUUGACAAAUUGCAAAAGAAGGAUAUAUAUGGUGUGUAUGCAGAGCCGGUUGAUCCUGAGGAGCUUCCGGAUUAUCAUGAUAUGAUAGAGCAUCCAAUGGAUUUUGCUACAGUGAGGAAGAAGCUCGGAAAUGGCUCAUAUUCUACCUUGGAUCAAUUUGAGAGUGAUGUUUUUCUAAUAUGCUCAAAUGCAAUGCAAUACAAUGCACCAGACACUGUAUAUUACAGACAGGCAUGCACCAUUCAAGAGCUGGCAAGGAAAAAAUUCCAUAGGUUGAGGGUUGGUAUUGAACGCUCUGAGAAAGAGUCCAGGCCAGAGAAAGAGCUCAAGUUAGAGAAGGAGCUCAAGUUAGAGAAAGAUGUUAGGUCUGAACAGCGACCCAAAUCUAACUUUUUGGCAAAGAAGCAAACAAAGAAACCUUUCUGCCGGGCCUUGCAGGAACCUGUUGGAUCUGACUUCUCUUCAGGUGCCACUCUUGCCACUGUUGGAGAUAUCCAGAAUUGUACUAUCACAUUCCAAGCUGGUGGUUGUGAUAGGUCAAGCAAUACGGAUGGGCUUGUAGAGGGUAAUUCUUCUCUGGUUGAUAAUAGUUUAGAGAGGGUGGAAGAUUUAUUGUCAGGGAAGGGUCUCCCAUCUAAAUUGGGGAGGAAGCCAUCUGUGGUUGAUGAGAACCGUCGUGCAACUUAUAACUUAUCCAAUCAACCCUUGGUUAGGACAGAUUCAAUAUUCACAACCUUUGAGGGUGAAAUCAAGCAGCUGGUUGCUGUUGGCCUCCAUGCGGAAUAUUCCUAUGCCAGAAGCUUGGCCCGUUUUGCUGCUGCUAUUGGUCCUAUUGCUUGGAAAGUUGCUUCUCAGAGGAUUGAGCAAGCACUUCCUCCAGGAUAUAAGUUUGGUCGUGGAUGGGUUGGAGAAUAUGAACCACUGCCAACCCCAGUAUUAAUGCUUGAGACCCGUACACAGAAAGAAUCUUCCCUGUUUACUAAAUUCCAGUCUUCUGCUGCUGUGCAAAAAGAUGAUACAGGUUUUAAGACCCCUGUUAGUACUAAGGUGCAUCCUCUAAGUUGGCCUAUUUCAGAAGGGAAUUCAUCUUUGUUUUGUCCUCCAAAUGGGUCAACGUCAGAAGGAAAGCCACCAUUCUUUGCUUCUCCCAAAGCAAAACCAAGUGCCCCUGCUAGUGUUCAUCAGCUACAGAAUUCAUUUUCUAGGACUUUUACUGAGCCUGAGAGUAAGGUCUCAAAACAAGUUGAAUUGAAUUUGCCACCCUCUGCAAGCCAGAAUAAUGGUGAUGCUGCAAAACAGUUUUCAAAUAAAUUAGAAACGGUAGCUUCUAGGCCAAAUCAGAUGGUGGCAAGGAACAUGAAUCUGAUGCACCCUUUACCUCCAAAACAGCUUUCUAGUAAUGGAGUUGGUAGUGGAGGAUUGCCCAAUGGAAAAGUGACAAGUAAUUCUGGGAAUACUGGAGUGCUAAGUCCAUCUUCUGAUAAUGUUCAGAUGGCCAGGGCAGCUUCAUACUUUCCCCAUGGACAGGAGCAAAGCGUCAAUGAUCCGGUUCAAUUGAUGAAAAUCUUAAAUGAGAAGACUCAGAAGCAUCAGAAUUCUUCAAAUCAACCCUCAGCUAAUACUCCACUGGUAAUGCCUUCAGUUCCAUCUGUACGAAGAGAUGAUUCAAACAAUGCUGCAGCUGCUGCUGCGCGAGCAUGGAUGUCGAUAGGAGCCGGAGGGUUCAGACCACCAACUGAAAAUUCUAGUCCACUCACAAAUCAUAUUUCGGCAGAGUCAUUAUACAACCCAACUCGUGAAUUUCAUACUCAAACUUCCCGAUUUCGGGGGGAAUUUCCUCAUUCUACAUGUGUGCAGUUUCAGUCAGAGAAGAACAGUUUUCCACCCCAGGCAUUUGUACCACAAUCUGUUCAUGCAGCAAAUGAACCUCAGUUGCAAAACAGACCCAUGGUUUUCCCUCAACUAGUAACUCAUGAUCUAUCUAGGUUCCAGGUUCAGACCCCUUGGCAAGGCCUUAUUCCGCAUACCCAACAAAGACAGAAACCCGAAACGCUUCCUCCCGACUUGAAUAUUGGUUUCCACUCUCCAGGAUCCCCGGCAAAACAGUCUUCCGGUGUUCUUGUUGACUCACAGCAGCCAGACCUGGCUUUGCAGCUCUGAAUACAUGCCGUCUUUUCAGCAAUCGCAGAAUCAGGGCAGACUCGGAAGGUAAUUUUGGCAACAAUGUAAACUUGUGAGAACGUCAAUUCUUUAUACGACAUAGAAAUGGCCUAUUGCGGAACUCAGACCUAAAAAAGUUUUAGCUGAUUGGAUGAAAUAAGUUGAGGAUGUCAAAUUUCUUCCUCAACUUGGCCAUAUUUAGAAGUUGCAGAUUAUGGAAUCAUUCUGGGUGGAAAUUGAGGGAGGAUAAUUUUGCAUAGAGCUUCUUUUUUUCUCUCAUCUUUUCCUAACAAGAAUUACUGACUUGCAAAAUGGAAUGGCACUACUUUUUUAUCUCUGAAUAUUCCCAGGGAGCUAAGCUGAAAUGGUUGGAAGAGUUGAGCCACAGCAGAUAUUGUUUCAAUGAUUGUUGCCCAAUUGAUUAGAAAUUGUUGAUCUUGAUUAGAUUAAGCAAAUGUAAAACCUAGUUGUUGCCUUGUAAAUAAGCUUACAGGUAAACUAGUGUUAUUAUUGAUUAGAUUAUAGUUGUAUUUUAUGCCUUUCUACGGAAUUGCAUUGAUGAUGAUUCAGCUACACUUUGGCUGAAUGCUGAA